GCGCACCUGCCGUCCUUUAGUUUAUCGACUCGAUUCAACUGCUUCCGACAGAAGUAUCCCAUCAUGCUCUAAGACUAGACCAAUGUGCUUUGUUUUUGAUCGCUUCCCGCGGGAUUGAGGGUUAAGUUGGGUUUGAGGGGUCGAAAUGAGACCCAAGGCCGUCAAGAAGAAGGAAAGGGAAAAGAAGCCACCGGUUGAACAGGCACACGAAUCACUACAGGCUGAUCACGAACAAUUUCUACAGGCUUUUGAGAAGCCCACACAGAUUUAUAGAUAUCUUAGAACAAGAAAUGUAGUGUUGCCCAUUUUCCUGACCAGAAAUCUGUGGUAUAUGAAAAAUAAUAGAUCGGUUUCCAAUGCUAAAAGGAAGACGUUUAAAGCGGACUGUUUAUUAGAUCGAGUUAUAGAGAGAAAUAAUAAUGCUGGAGGUCAACCAGCCUACAAGUCUGAAUACCUGAAUAUAACAGUGAAAGGGUUUUUUGAUCAGGAGAUUCCAACGAAUGCUGACAAAGCUGAAGUAGAAUUUAUUUUACUCAAAGUCUGUCAUAAGAAAAGAAAGGAUGUUUCCCUUCCUGUCAUGCAGACAUGUUUGGGACAGGUGAAGGCUUUGCUGAACCCAAUAGAUACUUCAUUAAGUGGAGCAUCUGUGGUUAUCAGUAAUGAUAAAUUUAAUCAGAAUAAUGGUCACAGUGUGCGAUCGUUUGUAUUAGUGGUUAGAGUUACAUGUCCUAUAAAACGAGGUCUACCUAACGGAUUGUGCAAUGGAGAUAUAACAGAUGAAGAUGAACCACCAACUAAGAGGCGUAAGAAUGGACAUAACGGUCAUACUGAACAGGAUGCCAUAGUUUAUUGUGCAGAACUAGUCAUUUACGAUAAAAAUAAACGAUGUUUGUUAACAGACGGAGAAUAUGAACUUUUAUUACGAGAGCAGGGACUAAAAUCAAUGCAGAAGAAAAAUGCAACAUGGGAAACUGUAGUCGACGGCAAGACAAUGGGACCAUAUGAAGUAUUUAGUAACAGACCUACGCUAAAAUUCCAUUUAACAUGGACAGCUACAGCUCAAGAAAAUGGCAAUCAUUGUUAUAUCAGUGCAGCUCAAGAUGAAUUUGUCAGCAACAAUCAACUAGCCAGUCAUAUCCUUGACACCCAAAUCUCAGGUACGACCAAGACAUCGCCAAUAAUCAAAACUGCCAGUCAAACAACACCGAAGAAACGAAUUCGCAUAUUUUAUCAGUUUUUGUAUAAUAAUAAUACCCAGCAGCAGACAGAAGCUCGGGAUGAUCUCCGAUGUCCAUGGUGCUCUGUUAAUUGUAUGCAACUUUAUGGCCUUCUUAAACAUCUCCGCCUUUGUCAUGCUAGAUUUGAUUUUAUGUAUGUGCCUCAUUCCAAAGGUGCUAGAAUAGAUGUAUCUAUAAAUGAGCGUUAUGAUGGAUCAUAUGUUGGUAAUCCUCAGGACCUACAUUCCCAUAUUGGUUAUGCUUAUAGUCGUAAUGUACCAGUACGUCGCACACCAGUCACUCAUGUCAUUGUCUAUAGACCUAAACGUCCAGAAAUAUCACUUCAAGAAUUUAUUGAAGCAGAAAAUGAUUCUCAUGUCAACAGACAAUUUGUUCAGGGACACAACAGAUUAUAUUUCUAUCAAAUCAUUAAUCAACCUAUAAGACCACAUGAAAUCGAAUUUGAUUCCAAUGCAACUGAACCUGUUCCUGUUUGGUUACAGCAGAAAACUGUCAACAUGAUAGAUGAAUUCACUGAUGUCAAUGAAGGUGAAAAAGAACUCAUGAAAAUGUGGAAUUUACACAUAAUGAGAAAUCAAUAUAUUGCAGAUUGUCAGAUUUCACAAGCAUGCAGCUCUUUUGUUGAAGCUCACGGAAAGGAAAUUAUAGAUAAAAAAUUGUGUCGUAAUUUUACAAUACAUUUAGUGAACAUGUUUGACUUUAGUCUCAUCAAGCCAGAAAAUGUACAAAGAUGUGUUAGUCAGUUAGAAAUGAUGAAAGAAGAGCUAGAAAUGAAAUCCUCGUGACAUUUUAAAAAAAAAAAAGUUACCAUAGUGAUCAAAUAAUGUGUAAUAAUCUUAAAGAGAUGGUUUUGUCUUAAAGUGUUGUUUGGGAGUGAGGCAUGACUUGAUUUUGUUCCUGAUAAUUUAUACAGAUGCACAUUUUUAUAUACUGCUCACUGUAAGAAUAUACUUCUCAUAUCCUCACCAGUAUUUGUGUACAUUGUUGAUUGAUCCUUCCAUAUUGAGUUCCUAUUUAGAUUAAGGGAUUCGUUUUAGAGUUGCCAUUGACCAAAUUACAAGUUUUAUUGUCAAAUUAUUCAGUGUUUAAGGAUAUUUAGAUAUAAAUGUUAUGUUUUUUCUGUAAUUAUUCUAUGAAUCCAAGGGCAGCUUUGCAAAAGUUAAAUAACAUUUGGAAACAUAAUUGAUUUAAAACAUUAUUGCAGCGAAGAAGAAAAGAGGAAUUGCCUUAAUAUUACUAUAUUUUCAAAAUUGUUUACAUUGUAUUUAAAGACAAUUUACAUUUAGAAAUUACCUGGAAGAAGGAAAGUUGUGAAUUUAGGGAUAUUGGGUUUUUCCACUCAAUAAAUUUACCAUUGUACAUUCUGUGUGUUUACAUAUUUGGCAUUUCAUCAUAAUUGUUCUCACCAAGGUUGUUAUUCAAGGUAUUAAUAUCACCGAUCAUAUUUAAUGUUUUAUUGUUAAUUAUUUUGAUAAGGUCACAUGUACCAGAUGUGUCUAUAAUAAACAUUAUUACCUGUAUGUAAUCUUUAUCUUACAGGUAAAUAAAUACAAAUUUCAUUUUAGUAAAAUUUAUAUAUGCAGAAUUGUAAAUGCUUAGAAAAUUAAGUUUAGCAUUUGAAUAAGGUAUAAUUGUAGGGUUUCAAAAAUAGAGAAACAGAUUCAUAGAUAUUUUAGAUUUCCUUUAUUUGGUUACAUAGGUUAAUACAUGCCUGUAGAUCUCAAUACAUACUUCAUGCUCUAUGAAUCCUCGGCAGAUCCACAAAUGUACUGAAUUAUAAAAAGAAAUGUAAUGGUGUAGGUUAAAACUGAUCAGCUUUCGAUUCGCUGGAUCCUUGUCCGAUUUUGCACAGAACAUGUAGAAUGUAAGCUUAUUGUACAUGGGUAAAACUAUUUAUUUUAAUAAAGUUAAAAUAUGGACUAAAUAAUGUUUUAUAUUUAUUAUAGAUGUGCAUUAUAGAAGAUAUGUCACGCUUAUUAUAUAAACUGUCUGUUAGUAGUAUCUUGCACACAAAACCUAUUAAUAUUUGUUUACCUUGUAGCAAUAAGAUAAAAAAAAUUGUAUAUAACUUGUUAAUUAUUAUUCUUUCAAAUUGAUUAUUAUGUAAAUGUUCCCUUAUUAUUGACCAAUAUCAUUGUAUUUCAAAUUUUGACAUCAUUCAAAUGGCAACAAAUCGCAGCAUUCGGUUAUGGCUGAAACGUGUUGUGUUAAGACCAAAUUACAUCAGGGAAUUUAAAACAUAGCCAUUACUAGUUUUGUACAAAUUUUUUUAUAUCCUUUGUAUUAUAUUAUUAUAAAGGCAAUCUCAUCAUUUUGUAAACUGUAUAUAAUCAGAUAUAUAAUAUUUUGACAUUGUUUGAAGUUAUAUACUUAUCGUUAUUUGUUUUAUCAUGCUUAGAAUUAUUGUCUUGAAUAAAUAUGGUUUUAGAAUUGA